CAGAAAACAAACUACUUUGACGAGCGAGACGCUGCGCAGUUGGAACUGGCUACAGGGCUGCAUGAAGCCGGAGCAUCAGCUGGAGGAACGAGCCCGGCACUUCCCCAACUUCUCCGCACGGAUUCCACUUCCACACACCGGCUAGGGGCACCGAGCAGCCAUGGCUGAACACAUGAUGAUGCCCAUGAACCACGGCUUCAGGAUGGGCAUGAACGGACCUCUGCAACACAACGGGCAGCCCAGCAUGCGCAGUCUGCCCAAUGGUCAGAUGAUGCACUACGGCAGGAACCCUCAGAACAACAUGGAGGCUGCCAUGAGACAGAGACCAAAUAUGGUAGGACCUGGAGGGAUGGGCGGUCCUGUGAAUGGAACUCCCAUGACCAGUCACCACCACCAGAUGAUGUCUGGGAACAUGAUGUAUAAUGGCCAGGCUCAGCAACAACAGCACCACCACAUGCAUCCCCAGCAGCAGCAGCAGCAGCAGCAGCAGCAGCAGCAGCAGCAGCAGCAGGUCGGACACCCACAGCAGUACCUUCCUGGUAACCUCACCUCCCAGCAGCUCAUGGCGAGCAUGCACCUGCAGAAACUCAACACUCAAUAUCACGGGCACCCGCUGGGCUUGGCGAAUGGCCAUCACCUGCCCAACGGUGCGCCGUACCGGGUGGGUCCGACCCAGCUUUCAGGCAUGCAGCAUAUUGGCGGACCUUUGGGGCUGAAUGGAAUGGACAUGGAUCUGAUCGAUGAGGAAGUUCUGACCUCGCUGGUGUUGGAGUUCGGUUUGGAUCGUGUUCAGGAGCUGCCUGAGCUCUUCCUGGGACAGAAUGAGUUUGACUUUUUAUCAGACUUUGUGUGCAAACAGCAGCCGAGCACCGUGAGCUGUUGAGGAGUUCGGCCAGAAGCUGAUUUGGUCUGUUUGGACUGUACACCCCAAAGAAUGACUGAGCGGCCACAGUAGCACAGCAAAAGGAGACAAUCUCUGUUCUGUUUGCUUGUUUCUGUGUUCAUGAGUGUCUUCACACUGACCUGCCUGUGAACGGAUGAAGAAUUGUAAUGAACAAAAAUGCAGAAAGUGCACCAGGUUUUUUCCUCUGUGAGCCUGUGCCAGUAAGAUCUGUCGCCUUUGGCCAAAUUGAGGCAUCCUGAUGUAGCAGGCUCUGCCGGUACCCAUCUGGCCCUCAGCACAUGUGCCUACAGUGCCAAGGCUUUUGGAUACUUGUACAUUUAACAAACCCAGUGGGGAGGGAUGAUCGGGAAAGACUGUCCAUCUGGUUCUGUUAGAUUCUGCGGCAUCUGUAAAUGUAUUUUAUCUCUGAUGACACCUUCAUCUGGUAGCAAAUAUCUUAUCGUUUAUAAAAGACUUUCUGGUGUAUAAAAGGUGUGUUGAGAGUUGGGGAAUAGAUUUGUGUGUGUCCAUAUUGAAGGCUGGCUCUUCAAAAAUGACUUUAUACAAAAAAGGUUGUGUUUUCUUGAAGAGCUCGUAAGGCAAGGUUGUGCAGCAUUAGCGGGGUUAUGUUAGAUUAGAGGAAACGUGUGAGCAAAUCCUGCUCAAUAUCAGAAAAUUAAUAUAUAAGAAACAA